UUUUCGGUAUUUGUCCUGCUGUUGCUGGCAUUCACUAUGUCGUUACCCCGACAACUGAGAGACGAGAGUGACUUCGAUCAGCUUCCUGAUGACAUCCCUAUAUCAGCCACGGUUGCAGACAUCGAGGAGAAGAAAGGGUUCACCAAGUACUAUCAAUUUGUGAUAGAGGUGAAAACUAAGGGGGGCAGUAAGUACCUCAUAUACCGACGGUACCGCCAGUUCUUUGCCCUUCACCAAAGCCUGGAGCUCAAAUUCUCAUCUGAGGCUCAGGCAGGCCCAUACUCCUGCACCUUACCCACACUGCCUGGUAAGGUGUAUGUGGGCAAAAAGCAGGAGAUAGCAGAAAACAGAAUUCCAGAACUCAACACUUACAUGAAGAAGCUUCUGUGCCUGCCCACUUAUGUCCUGCUGGAAGACGUGGUCAGGAUGUUCUUCUACCAGAGCGAGUCUGACAGCCUGCAGAUCCCACGGGCCCUGCGUCGCCUCCGACCCCCCACACGAAGAGUGAAAACAGUCAAAGCCACACCAGACCUGCUGUCAUCCCCCAGAGCUGAGGCGGUGUUUGACUUCAGCGGGAGCGGGAAGCUGGAGCUCAGUCUGCGAGCUGGAGAGGUGAUCUUUCUGCUGAGGAGAGUCAACGCCGACUGGCUGGAGGGCACAGUAAGAGACAGGACAGGCAUCUUCCCUCAGUCCUUUGUGAAGAUCAUUAAGCCCCUUCCUGAGAGCGACUCGGAUGGGGAGGGGGAGGGAGGGGCCUCAAGGGCCCGGGGCGGGCCCCCAGCGGGUUCCUACAGCUGUCUGCGCUGCUACCUGCAUCAAGGCGGGAGCCCUGAGACCCGGGACAUCUGUGUUGAAGAGGACCUCUCCACCCAGCCUUCCUACAAAGAGCUCCUCACGCUAAUGAGGGAGAGCUUCAAGUUGGAUGACAUAGUGCUGAACUAUCGUGACCCAGAGGGAGACCUCAUCCGCAUCUUGGAUGAUGAGGAUGUAGAGCUGAUGAUCUUGGAAGGCAGGAUCCAUGGGUCGCAGGUUAAGCGACCUGUCAACCAGUACCCCUGGGAGCUGCAUGUCACAAUGGCCUCUGACCUGUCAGUGUAUAACACUGAAUUCUAG